AUCCCAGCCAUGCCUGGAGCACUGGAAGCAGCGCAGAAGGCUCUGCCCCGUUAGCCCAGGUUGUCUGGGGGGGACUCAGCCAUGGAUUCGUCCCCCCCAGAACCCGGGGCUCCCCCUGACCCUCUGCAGCUCUGGCAGGAGGAGAACCAGACCCAAGGUGGGCUCUGGAAUGGCAGCCAGGAGCUGGGGUGGGAAGAGCUGGAGAAGAUGCUCUUCCUCUUUGCAAAGGAGCCUGUCACCAUCAGCCUCACAGUGAUGUACUUGGUGUCCUUCGUGGUGGGCUUCGUGGGCAACAUCAUGUCCAUCAGGGUGCUGACCCGCAAGCGCCGGAGUCGGGUGUCCAGCCUGAGCGCCACCCGCAGCCUCCUCAUCAACCUGGCGGUGUGUGACCUCAUGGUGGUGUGCAUCUGCAUGCCCAUCACCGUGGGCAACCUCAUCUACAAAGCCUGGGUGUACGGGGACUUCCUCUGCCGGGCAGUGCCCUUCAUCCAGGCUGUUUCUGUCUCCGCCAGCGUCCUCAGCCUGACGGUCAUCAGCGUGAACCGGUACUACAGCGUGCACAACCCGCUCAACGCCCGCUCUUUCUUCACCCAGAAGAGGAUCCUCAGCACCAUCCUGCUGGUGUGGUUGUUGUCCUCAGGGAUAUGCAUGCCUCUCAUCUUCAUGAACAAACGGGAUGAGAUCGGGGUGGUGGAGGGCUUGCCCCUGGUGUUUUCCAUCUGCAGGGAGAUUUGGCCUCAGGAGAGGCUCAAGCAAGCCUACAAUUUCCUGCUCUUCUGUGCCCUGUACUGCCUGCCCGUCCUGUUCAACAUGGUCAUCUGCUUCCUCACGGUGCGCCGGCUGUGGAGCCGCAGCAGCCAGCUGAAGGAGAGCUCUGCCCUGAACCGGUCCCUGCCGGCCUCCCGGCUGAAGAUCCGCAGGAAAGUGGCACAGAUGGUGGUGGCCCUGGUCCUGCUGUUCGCCGUCUCUUGGCUGCCUGUCUACCUGAUGGAUAUCUGGAUUGAUUUCAACAUUCCCAAAUCUUUGCAGGAUGUGACUCCUUCUCCUUGGAUCCUGCAGCUCAGACCUUUUGCCCAGUGGCUUGGCCUCACCAAUUCCAGCCUCAACCCUAUAUGCUAUUGCUUUGUUGGGAACCUCUACAGAUCAGCCAAGGAAAUGAAGAGCAAAUACCACCAAAGGAUGCUCUCUCUCUUUAAUUUCUCUCUGUCUGAACGGACAACUCAUUCCUCAGUCCCAGAGCUGCUCUCUUACCAGAGUUCAGUGGAGCUUGCAAGGAAAGGACCCUCCACCACUCCCUGCAUGGGCAGGAGAUGUCAGGGAAGUCAUGGCCAUAAGAACAAGUGUGGACACUUGAACUCCUGCCAGCAUCCACCUCUGAAUACUGUCUCCAGUGAGAACACUUCCUUGUAAUUCUGCUCAGGGAGUGCCACUCAUACCCUCAUCAGCAUUUAAGGACUCUGGAGAUCUUUCUGAACACGGUAUUUUAAUGACAGAAAAGAGCUUUCUUCUAAUAACUCUUGAUACCAGUUCAAAAAUGCCGUGACAGGGAACAAAACAGGUAACGAGAUAAAAAGCUGAUGUAUUUUAACUCAGAUGAAAUUUUAAGACAAAUUAUUUUUACUGGGGACAACUGGAUGUGCAGCCUGUUGCCCAGUCAACAGUCACAUAAUUAGACAGAUCAAGUUCCCAACGAGUGAGCUCUCCCUGCAGCUCCAUCCCUGGAUGCAGAGAUGCUGUUUGGAUACAGCAACGAUUUGACUGCUUGCUGCUGCUCACACUUGCUGAUGAAGAGCAGUGAUAAGAGGCACUCUGUGCUCCAGAUCCAUCAGUUGUAGUUGCAAGCAGUGAAGAAAAGCUGGAAACAGCAUCAUAAAAAGUAAUAGUAAAUGGAGAAUUUCACACACUUUACCACUUGAGAUUUCAUUGUCUGCUCGUAUUGUUUCACUUCUCCAUGCAAAUAAAUUCUCCUUAUGUGAAGAGACCAUGCCAGAAGUACUAAAGCAACCAUCACCAUUCCACAUUUGGGAAUUCAGAAGAGAUAAUGUGGCCUCAGAGGUGAUUUAGGAAAUGAAACAGGAAAAUAUAUUUUUUGGCAUCGGUCGUCUUUCUUACAGCGGUGCUCCUGUGUGUGGAGUGGAAAGAACUGGGCAUCUAUUAACAUGAUUUGCACUUGAAAAACCAGCCUUGUUCAGCUGUGUCUGUACCAAACAAAGUCAAUGGCAUGUGAAAAUAAAAAUAGAGAGUGGUUUAUAGCUAAUAAAAUCAGAAACAACUAAUGCAAUGCUGUUUGUCUGGGAAGGAGAGAAUCAAAGUGUUUGCUUUUCCUGAGCAUCACAAGUAGGUUAAAACCUAUUUCAUCCAUCUUCUCCUUGAAAGGAGACUUUGAUAAAUAAAUUGUAUACUUUUAUUCUGUUAGCAUUGAAAGACUCCAGUAAAGCUUGAGCAUUCUGUUGUUCUGAGCACUGGAUCUGUAUGCAGAAAGG